AAGGAGAUUUGGUGUGGGCUCCAUAUAAAAAAAUGGGCUUUUAUGAAGCUCAUAUAGUUUUUCUCAAUAAUAAUAGAAAUAUAUUGGAAAAAAAGAAACGAGAUAUCCAAAUGAGUGAAGAUAUUGAAAGUCUGAAUGAUAUGAAUACUGCAAUUUCUACAUCUAAUCUCUGUGGUAAUGAAGAUAAUUCUAGAUGUUAUCCUACAUAUGAGGCAGAUGAUACAAAAAUAAAUCAAAAUAUUGCAGUUUCUGAAUGUGAUCUUAGUGUGGACAGAGAUAAUUCAUUACAUGAUCCAACUUACAUACCAGAAGAUACUGAGACUGUUAAUGUCACAAAAACAAAUAAGCAUAAGUCAUUUUCACAUUAG